CCAAACUCUUGUGCAAUGUGACAAAGUAUAGUACAGAAAAGCUUGGUAGCGAUUUCCGUCAGCACCGGCCGUAUUUAUCUCACGUGACUAAUACAUCCGGGUGUCUGUUGGUAAGGCCACAGAAUAAAGGCCGGAAAACACGACUCCUAGGGUAAUUUAGAGAUCUAAACUGACCAUGUCAGACUCCAAAGAUGACAAGGGUGAUGAGGAGAAGACCUAUGGGGGCUGUGAGGGGCCUGAUGCCAUGUACGUAAAACUGGUGUCCUCAGAUGGCCAUGAAUUCAUUGUCAAGAGAGACCACGCUUUAACAUCUGGAACGAUUAAGGCCAUGUUGAGUGGUCCAGGACAGUUUGCAGAAAAUGAGACAAAUGAAAUAAAUUUUAGGGAAAUCCCGUCACAUGUUCUUCAGAAGGUGUGUAUGUAUUUCACAUACAAGGUUCGAUACACCAACAGCUCCACAGAGAUCCCCGAGUUCCCUAUAGCACCUGAAAUUGCAUUAGAGUUACUUAUGGCUGCCAACUUCUUAGAUUGCUGAACAAGAGUUAAUAUUUAUUAUAUUUGCUUUGUUUGAUCCCAUUCUUUUGUUGGUGCCAAAAUAAGUUCCUAUUUGCAUGAAGUCAUCAUAAUAUUUAGAUCCCCCAUAUAAAGAUCAAUGAGGAGAGAAAAAAAAACAACAUGGCACUAAGUAUGUAUUUAUAAUUAUGUAUGGGUAUUGCAGGAAAACAAAUGUGAGGUGAUGUCUACUUUAUUAGAUUAUAUUGUGUAUUCAAGGAUUAAGAACUGCUAAAAUAACUUGUAAAAGCCAGUUUCAGUUUAUAUUAUAUGAAAAUUUGAUUGUAUUAUGCUUUGUAUUUCUUUAUUGUUUAUUAAAGUAUUAUCAAAAUUA